CUUAUUAUUAAAUCAACAUUAAAAUUAAGAAGAAAUUUGUAAUUUUCUAAAUAAGAAGAAGGUAACAUCACACUCGCAGUCGUCGCUGUAUUUUAUUAUAAAGAGAAGGAAGAGAGACGAGAGGAGAGGAAGGAAGAAGUGAGAUGAUGGUUCCAAAGUGAAGGCGGGACCUAAAUUAGAUAUGCAAAUCAAGACUGCUGCUUAUUUAGCGAAUGUGUUGCAAUUUCUGAUAGAUCAUAAAGGUCACAGGGCAGGAAAACUCGUCCAAGCUCAUAUACUUCGUACUAACCAGUUUGCCAACACCUUCCUCGUUAACCGCCUGAUUGAGCUCCACUCGAAAUGCGGCGAUACAGCCGCUGCUCGCCGCCUGUUCGACCAAAUGCCUCUAAAUAACAUAUUCUCUUACCACGCUAUUUUAAAUGCCUAUUGCAAAUUAAAUGACCUGGAUAAUGCAUAUGAAUUGUUUGAUCGGAUGCCGGAGGGGAAUGCCGUUUCUUGGAAUUUGAUAAUUAGCAUGUCGUCACGAAAUGGUGACAGAGAGAAGGCCUUGGGGAGUUAUUACUCCAUGAGGAUGAGCGGUUUUCUGCCGACCCGUUUCACCUUGGCUAGUGUUUUGAGUGCUUCUGGGGGUUUGGGCAAUGUGGAGUGCGGGAGAGAGUGUCAUGGAGUUGCUAUCAAGCUUGGGCUCGACACGAAUUUGUAUGUGGGCAAUGCAUUGUUGGGAAUGUACGUGAAGUGUGAGUCUAUUGCAGAUGCGGUUGUCGUUUUUAAGGACUUGCCGCAGCAUAAUGAGGUGUCAUUUACUUCGAUGAUGGAGGGGUUAGUGGAAGGUGACCGCAUAGAUGAAGCAUUUGACAUGUUUAGGUUAAUGCAUAGAGUGGGGAUCAUAGACUGUGUAUCACUGUCAAGUGUAUUGGGUGUUUGUUCCAAAAGUGCAGUAGAAGAGUUUCUUGUAAAUGAUGGCAAUGAGAAGGGGCUUAAAAUGCAUGGCAAACAAAUACAUGGGCUUGUUAUUAAACUAGGGUUUGAAGGAGACCUGCACAUAAACAAUUCAUUGCUUGAUAUGUAUGCAAAACAUGGAUACAUGGAGUGUGCAGAAAUGUUGUUUAACAGUAUGUUAGAAGUCAGUGUUGUUUCAUGGAAUGUUAUGAUAGCUGGAUAUGGCAAGCAAUACCACAAGGAGAAGGCAGUGGAGUGCAUGGAGAGAAUGCGGAAUUGUGGAUUUGAGCCUGAUGAGAUCACUUAUGUCAAUAUGCUUGCUGCUUGCUUGAAAAGUGGGGACGUUGAAGCUGGACUCAAGAUAUUUAAUAGUAUGUCAUUACCAAGUUUGACGUCAUGGAAUGCUAUACUGUCAGGCUAUUCACAGAAUGAGUACCAUCAGGAGGCACUGAUGCUUUUCAGGGAAAUGCAGUUCAGAAAGGUGAGACCUGAUCGAACUACUUUUGCUAUAGUUCUCAGUUCUUGCGCGGUCAUGGGGCUUUUGGAGGGUGGAAAGCAAAUCCAUGCUGCCUUAUUGAAGGCUGAGUUUUGUACUGAUUUGUAUGUUACCAGUGGACUGAUUGGUGUUUACUCAAAAUGUGGUAAUAUAGAAGCGGCAAAACAUAUCUUCAACACGGUGCCCCAACAUGAUAUAGUCUGUUGGAAUUCUAUGUUAUCAGGUUUAUCCCUUAAUUCAUUGGACAAAGAUUCUUUGAAUUUCUUUCAGCAAAUGCUAGGAAAAGGGCUUCUGCCUACUGAAUUCUCUUACACUACUGUACUGAACUGCUGUUCAUCACUAACAUCUCUGCUUCAAGGGAGGCAGGUUCAUAGUUUGAUAGUGAAAAAUGGACAUGCAAAUGAUGUUUAUGUAGGAACUGCCUUGAUUGAUAUGUACUGUAAAUGUGGUGAUGUGGAUGGGGCUAGACAGUUUUUCGAUAUGAUGCCCUCUAAAAGUACAGUUACCUGGAAUGAGAUGAUACAUGGCUAUGCUCUAAGUGGACGUGGGGAUGAUGCUGUUAAUUUAUUUGGAGACAUGAUCCACACUGGUUUCAAGCCCGAUUCUAUAACUUAUGUAGCUGUUUUAACUGCUUGCAGCCAUUCUGGAUUGGUGGAUGCUGGGUUAAAAAUAUUCAACUCAAUGCAGCAAGCACAUGGUCUAGAGCCACUUAGUGAUCACUACACUUGUAUUAUUGAUUCCCUGGGUCGUGCUGGCCGGUUCAGUGAAGUUGAAGAAAUCAUAGAUAAGAUGCCAUGCAAAGAUGAUCCAGUUAUUUGGGAGGUCUUACUCAGUUCUUGUAGGGUUCAUGCGAAUGUGAACUUAGCAAGAAGGGCAGCAAGAGAACUUUUCCGCCUGGACCGGAAUAAUUCUGCCCCUUAUGCGCUUUUAGCCAAUAUGUAUUCAUCAUUAGAUAGAUGGGAUGAUGUAAAAGAUGUUAGAGGAAUAAUGAAAGAAUGGCAGGUCUCCAAAGAACCAGGUUAUAGCUGGGUUUAGAAUAGAUUUUCAUUAUUUCUUCAAUUUUAGAGAUUUUCUCAUUGUGGCUCAUAGUCAUUAUUGUAAUUAUUAUUUUCCUUUUCACUUUCUCUCCCCUUCUUUUAUCUUUAAGGAACAAGAUUUUCUGUUAGGCAUAUCUGAGCUAUUGACAGAAGUUCAUUACUUCUGGAAAAACUAAAUAUUUUUGGCCAAAAGAUAUGAAUAUUAGAAAAAAGAAAGAAAAGAGGGAUGAGGAGAAUAGAAGGAUUAGCUUCUUAACUUUCACCAACU